CGAGAAUACUCUUCACAUUGGAGAUAGAAUUAUGAAAAUAAAGUGACAAAAAAUUUCCUGGAUUUUUAAACAUUUUGUAUCUUUAUUGACUUAUGCAAAAACAAUUGACGCUAUUUUAAAUUUCUUAUGAUAACACUGACAUUGGUGAGUAUAAUAAUUGUAGAGAAUGGCUGAUGAUGUGGAAAUAGUGUCUGGUGAUGAAGAAGAAGAAGCUAUGGAGAACAAUGCUGACAUGGAGAUAGUAUCUGCCAGUAGUGCUACAUCCUCUACUGAUACUGUCAUCGAUGUGGUCUCCACAGGUGAACGAUGUCCAGACAUUGUGAGCAGUGUGUUGUCUGAGAAGAGGGACAAGGAAAUACAGAAUGAUGGCCAGCAUGGUACCAGCAAUCAUACUGGUAGAGAUCUCCAACAGUGUAGUGACUGUAGCAGUUCUAGCGUUCAACAAACUCCGGAAAACCUUACCGUAGCUAAAUCUAGCUCUUCUGCUAAAUUUAGUUCGUCUCAGAAUGUUUGUGAUGGAAAUGUGUUAGACUCGUCUUCAUCUGACAACAACUUGACAAUCCAGACAAAUAGGGGCUAUCUGUCAGAUAAUGAAAGUGAAAUAAUUGUUGAUGACAGUCCUUUGCCUACAGAUAACACUACUGAUAGAGUUGGAUCCUCGAGUCGUAGUUUGACUGAAGAGCAUGAUAAUCAGAUCUGUGACAACGGAGGUGAAAUAAGCGUCCGCUAUUUAGGUCGCUCAAGGUCUGUGACACCUAGUCCUUCAUUUGUAAGGCUGGCCACCCCCAGUACACCUGGGACACCAAGGUUAAGGUCAGGAUCAGUAAGUGGAACAACUUAUGCUCCGCUAUCACCGAAACCCUCCCCGUCAGCAAGAGCGACACCUGGUGAGCGUCAGAGAGCUGGUAGUAUGGGGGAGAUAGAAAUGAGAGACAAAAUGAUUGGCCGUGAGUUCAAACACGGCAUAAGGAUAAUUGAUAAUCUAGAUAUUCUACAGUUACCAAGACCUCGCAAUCCAGGUGGUAUUUUACCAUUAAAUGGACAUAAUCAUUUCACUGGUUCAAAUGAAGCUUUAAAUUUAACUAUAGAAGAUAGGCAGCAAAGAAGACAUACUGCAGGAAACAUUCAGUCAGUUUCGAGCUCGUUUUCACCUAUCAUGCCAUCAGAUAUUAUCUCGACAUCAGCAUCAAAGCGAGCCAACACAAGUUAUCUAAUUAGUAACAUAAUAAGAACUACGCCAAAUAGACAGAGGAUUUCUAAUAAUGCUACAUCAUCGUUUGCGACAUUGACAAGACGAGGUCAUGGUUGUGCCAUCAAUGAAUCUGUAGAAAGACCAUUACCUAGUAGCAUUGUAGACAGUGAGGGAGUGGCUAAGAAGAUUGCCAGGCUUGAUAGUGAAGGGUUUAUGUGCUCAAAUACAAGGGAGAAUUUAUGGAACACCUCAGGUAACUCAGAGGCUAGUAACGAUCAUUUGAGUCGAGUGCGGGUGAUAUCAGACAAGACACCUCCAGAGCGGCCCAAACCACCACGUAGGACAGUUCUCUCACCAGCGGACAAUGGAAGUAUAGACAUGACACAUGACAGAUCUUUUGUGUCUUCUAGUGUGAGAAGGAGACUCAGUCCAACACAAUUACACCAGUCAGUGCACAGAAAUAACACUCCACCUGGUGGUCAUGGCAAUGGUGGUAUCUAUCCAUCAUCACCGGACUCGGAGAUUUGUCAGCUACCCCACAACUACAAGUGUAGACUGUGCAACUACUCCUCCAGUAGUUAUAACCAGUUCCAGUUACACUCAGCAAAACAUGGUGGAAAUGGGAAGACAUUUCGUUGCUCAUUAUGUGACUACACUACACACGAUAAAUCCAACUUUAGACGUCAUCGGAGACUUCAUCAUAAAACAUCACCUGUUAACGUACUGAAAUGUGUUAAGUGUGCAUAUGUUACGUCAAUUUCUCGUAAAUUACGCGAUCACUACCAGCAGGCUCACCCGGAUAUGCCGGAUUUAGCGCAGUCUUCAGUUAUUCCAGGCAUAUCUAGAAAUGUUGUGUCGCCUCAACGUUAUAUCGGAUCUCAUGGAUAUCAGCCAGAGAGUACAGAUACAAACAAUUACACAGGACAUAUAUUUGAUAAUUCGUUACUGGUCAAUAGAUCAAACAGGGUUGGUUUCCCGUAUUCUGUUACUGGGAGACAACCUGCGAUGAAUUUUCCUCUUGACCAGUAUGGUGUUCCGUACGGAAAUUACAGAGAUCGGCAUGGAGAGAAUCUCGCUUCAAAUUAUUUACGAUCAAUUGUAUCAUCCAUAAUGAAUUCAGAAUCAUCGCGACAGGCAGCAACUAGCACCGUGACAUCAUCAAAUUAUUAUAUACCGCCCGGUUUAGACAAUAGUCAUCCCAUACAAGACGUACACACUUGUAAUAACCAUGGUUCAUGCCCACACUCUAAUUGUAAUGACUUUCAUCAAGAUGUAAAGGUUAAGAUAGAGGCGGACCUAGAUAAUGCCUGCAGUAUAUCUAGCUCGGCUCACUCGCGAGGUUUAACAAUGCCAGAUAUUACUAGAAACUUGACGGACAAUCAUACCCAUAAUCAAUCUGAUACUGUUAAUCCAGGUAUUAAUUUGUUAGCUAAUGGGUCAGCUGGAACAUUGCAAUUACCGAUAGGUCGCAGUCGUAAUGAAGACAGUUUAUUGUCAGGGAAUCCGCACAACGAUAUUCCCACAGAUCUCACUAGUCCUCGUAAAAUAUGCGGUAAUUCUGACCACGCUGCCUCAUCAGGAACUGUUACUCAUGUCAAUAUUGAACUUGAAAAUGGCAAUGAAUUAAACCAAGAUACAAGCAUGUUAUCGCCCCCUCCCAGCAACACUAUCAUUAAAUCAGACCAUACAACUAGAGGAAUUCAGUGUGUUUUACCUAUCGUAAAAUCUGAAAUUGACCUAGAUGGAGAUUAUUAUGAUUUCUGUGGGCGGCCCCGUUUUCGGGGCAUAGAUCGGGCUGUGCAAUGUAAUAUGAGCAAUUCAACAACGUCUACCACAAAUUCACGAUCUCAGUGUCAGAGUUCAAGGACAACUUUCCGAUCUCAGUCGGUUAGCGAAUCAGAUGCUAGCGAACAUCAUAGUUCGGUCUGUGGCGAGUCAAGAUGUGAAUAUUGUGGAAUUAAUUUUGACGAUGAAGUUCUGUUCUCAAUUCACAUCGGCUGUCAUAGUCAUACGGAUCCGUUCAAAUGUAACGUUUGCGGGAAACAGUGCGGUAAUAAAUACGGUUUUUAUUCUCAUAUAAUGAGAGGACAUCAAUUGUGAAUUAAAUUUCAUCGGUUUUUUUCUCUUUUUACAAAAUUGUGAAUCUAUAUUUGUUACAAAUUUUUGUUAUAAUAGUUUAUUAUUGAGUUAUGUAAUUUUAGAUGAAAUGUUUUUUUAUUAUCUUUUUAUGUUUGUUGUAAUAUGUAACUUGUUAAUCUAUUUUUGUUCUUGAUGAAAUGUUUUACUGUAAACUUUGGUCCCAUGCCCUCAAGACAUUGUUUAUCAUUGUCAUCGUUCAAAUUUUAGAACUUUUUCAAAAUUUACAUCUAUGGGAGUUGAUAAAAAGUUUCUUUAUUCUUGUAACAUCUUUACAUUCAGUUCAAACGUUUUCCUAAAUCUUUUUAUAUUGUCUUCUCAUGUUACCUGAAAUGUUUUUCUUUUCUUUCUUGUUUUUCAAUGAUAAAAAACUUCACAUAUAAAAGUACAUGUUUAUUUAAGAAAGUUAAUGGAACUCAACUCCAGGUUUAAGUAAGUUUACAGUAAUACAAGGUUUUACAAAUUUAAUGUUCUUUACAAGAUUAAGGUCAUUAAUUCAUUGUAUUGUGUAGUUUUAAGUUUUAUUCCAAAAAACAGAACUCUUUAUAUGAUCAAAAUUUGGACACUAUAUAGCUUAAAAAGUGCUAAAGUAAGUUAGUAGUUCAAGGUCAUUCUAGGUAGAAAUUAAUAUACCAUUAAUAAAAUCUACCUAAGGCCCAAAUUCUAUUAGUGUAGUUGACCAUCAUUUUCUGACUCAAAUACUUAGAGCUUUUAAAUAUUAUUUGUUGCUUCUAAAGUGCAUAAAAUUCAAUAUGAAAUCUUUGCCUAUUACAAUAAUGACACGGAAAAAAAACAACGAUGAAAACAAUGCACUUAACACAGCAAAUUGUACAUGACCGUUCAAAUGACUUUUGAUUCUUUUAUGUCAUGACAUUCUUGUGCAAGCCAAUGCUAUGUGUUUACUAACUUGUAUACAAUUACAAAAAUUUCUUGUUAAUAGACUUUGGGUCUCACGUUAAAAUCAGCAGAGUUGUAUUUGUGGCCGUCAUAUGAACAAAUUUUACCGGAUCAAGAAACAGGCAAUAUUGGCGAGGUAGAAGCCUUUAGUGUAUUUCAAAUGUCUUAGAUGUAAUACUGCUUUAGAGAUAGCAUUCAACUUUUUAUCACUCUUUGUUAUGCUCAAUAUUUGCUCAUUGAAAUCUAUCUACAUGCAUAUGUUGUUUUCUAGCUACAUGGGUAUAUACCAGUCAUGUCUUGUUGCUAAUCCAGAUUUGCUUGUCUUACACAGCUUUCAAAUUUACCCUGUAAACUGUUUGUCGUAUAUUUUUGUCUUGCAUAUGCCAUUGUUGUAAAGCAAUGUCAGUCUGGCUUAAUGGUGCAGUCUGACCACAUUGUAUGUGGAUAGCAAAUUUAUUUUAGCAUGUUGGUAUUAAAAUCUGUCCCUUUAAUGAUCAACAAUUCCAAAAUUAAAACCGGACAUGUUUAGGAAAUUUUCAUUAUACUGCUUUUUAUGUAGACUUCAUUCCUGUUCUUGUACAGAAACAGACUUGCAAAAUUUAGUUAGCUGCAUGUUUUGCUUGAGGUUUUUCCAGUGUGCUCAUUUUUUCCUAAGGUUAAACCAAAAUGCUUGUUUAUGCUUGAGGUUAUACUAAGAUGCUUGUUUAGCCAAAGGUUAUGCCAGUAUGCUUGUUUUAGCCCCAAGUUAUAUCAAGAUGCCAGUUUUUUAGCCCAGGUUAUACCAAGAUGUUUGUCUUAGCUUGAAAUUAUGCAAAGAUGCUUGUUUUAGCCUGAGCUUAUACCAAAAUGCCUGUUUUAGCCUAAAGUUAUGCCAGGAUGCUUGUUUUAGCCUGAGGUUAUAUCAAGGUGCCUGUUUUAGCCAGGAUAUACCAAGCUACAUGUUUUGUCUGAGGUUUACCAAUGUACUCAUCAGCUUAAACCAAGAUGCUUGUUUAUGGCAGAGGUUAUACCAAGAUGCUUGUUUUAGCCCCAGGUUAUACCAAGAUACUUUAAUUAGCUUGAGGUUAUACAGAGAUGCUUGUUUUAGCCUGAGGUUAUAUCUAGAUACUUUAAUUAGCUUGAAGUUAUACAAAGAUGCUUGUUUUAGCCUGAGGUUAUACCAAAAUGCUUGAUUUUUAAUGAGGUUAUACCAAGAUACUUGUUUUAGCUUGAGAUUUUACCAACAUGCUUGUUUUAGCUUGAAGUUAUACCAAGAUGCUUGUUUUAGCUUGAGGUUAUACCAAGAUGCUUGUUUUAGCCUGAGGUUAUACCAAGAUACUUCUUUUAGCUUGAGGUUAUACAAAGAUGCUUGUUAUACCCCCAAAAACGAAGUUUGGGGGGGUAUAUAGGAGUCACCCGGUGGUCGGUCGGUCAGUUGGUCGGUCGGUCCAGCGGUCCGUUGCAUUUUCCUUGUCCGGAGCAUAACUUGAAGACUAAUGGUUGGAAUUCAAUAUAACUUCAUACAAUGGUCAAGCACAUUGAGAGGAAGUGCAUUGCACAAGAACCAUAACUCCAUCUUGACUAAUUACAGAGUUAUUGCCCUUUGUUACUUUUCCUUGGCCGGAGCAUAACUUGAAAACUACUGGUUGAAACUCGAAACAACUUCAUACAAUUGUCAAGCACAAUAAGGGGAAGUGCAGUGCACAAGAACCAUAACUCUAUCUAAAGUAAUAACAGAGUUAUUGCCCUUUGUUAUUUUUCCAUUGCUUUCUUUUGUCCGGACUAUAACUUGAAAACUAAUAGUUGGAAUUCAAUAUAACUUCAUACAAUGGUUAAGCACAUUGAGAGGAAGUGCAUUGUACAAGAACCAUAACUCCAUUUUGACUAAUUACAGAGUUACUGCCCUUUGUUACUUUUCCUUGUCCGGAGCAUAACUUGAAAACUACUGGUUGGAAUUCAAAACAACUUCAUACAAUGGCCAAGCACAAUAAGGGGAAGUGCCAUGCACAAGAACCAUAACUCCAUUUUGACUAAUUACAGAGUUAUUGCCCUUUGUUACUUUUCGAUUGCUUUUUUUUGUCCGGAGCAUAACUUGAAGACUACUAGUUGGAAUUCAAUAUAACUUCAUACAAUGGUCAAGCACAUUGAGAGGAAGUGCAGUGCAUGAGAACCAUAACUCCAUCUUGACUAAUGACAGAGUUAUUGCCCUUUGUUACUUUUCCUUGUCUGGAGCAUAACUUGAAAACUACUGGUUGGAAUUCAAUACAACUUCAUGCAGUUGUCAAGCACAUUAAGAGGAAAUGCAGUGCACAAGAAUUAUAACUCCAUUUUGACAAAUUACAGAGUUAUUGCCCUUUGAUACUUUUCCUUGUCUGGAGCAUAACUUAAAACAUACUGGUUGGAAUUUAAAACAACUUCAUACAAUGGUCAAGCACAAUAAGAGAAAGUGCAGUGCACAAGAACCAUAACUCCAUUUUGACUAAUUACAGAGUUACUGCCCUUGGUUACUUUUCCUUGUCCAGAGCAUAACUUGAAAACUACUAUUUGGAAUUCAAAACUAUUUCAUACUAUGGUCAAGUAUAUUGAGAGGAAGUGCAGUGCACAGAAAGCAUAACUCUUUUUUGACUAAUUUUAAAGUUUUUGCCUUUUGUUACUUUUUAUUGUCCAGUGCAUAACUUGAAAAUUAAUGGUUGGAAUUCAAUGAAACUUUAUACAAUGGUCAAGGGCAGUGAGAUGAAGUGCAGUGCACAAGAACAAUAACUCUAUUUGGACUAAUUACAGUUAUUGCUUUUGUUACUUUUUUGUCCAGUGCAUAACUUGAAAACUAGUAGUUGGAAUUCAAUACAACUUCAUACAAUGUUCAAGCGCAAUGAGAGGAAGUGCAGUGUACAAUAGCCAUAACUCAAUCUUCAGUAUUUAUAGAGUUAUUGUCCUUUGUUCCUUUUCCUUGUCUUUCUGGACUUCUUACAGAGUAAUCCAAUAAAACUUCAUCAAUGGCCAACCACAUUGAAAGGAAAUGCAACAUACAAGAACCACAACUAUCUUUAAUUGCCCACAACCAUAACUCUGUUUCAAUUCUUUACAAGGUAUUCUGUUACUAGUAACAUCCUCAUUUCCGAAGCAGUCUUGCGGGGGUAUUAAUCACAUUUAGUGAUAGUUCUAGUUUUAGCCUAAAGUUAUACCAAAAUGCUUGUUUUUAGCCUGAGGUUAAACCUAGAUGCUUGUUUUUUUUGCCUGAAAUAUUGUACAGGGUGGCACACCUUCUAUCAAGAAAAUCUUUUUAUGACUCCCAUUAGUUAAAUAAUGCUAAAAACCUAACAAACGAGUACAAAUUAAAAGAAAAAAAGAUCUGCUAAGUUUCAUCUUCACAUAUUGUUUCAUCUUAAGUUUUUCUUACAUUUAUCCCAUUUUCAAACCAACUCAAAAUGAUCAUGACAUUAGUAAUUAUUCAUAUGGAAACCUUUGAAAAGUUAACUUUAAAUGUAUGUUUUUAAGUAUUUAACCUUUUAGCAGAUUAACUUUCUUUUGUUAUAAUUGUUGAUAAUGUUUAAGAGGAUACUGUUGUUAACAUAGUUUCAGUAGCAUCUUUGUUAGGAGCAUGAUGGUUUCUAUACUUCCUUACUGGAUAAUGUAUUCUGGUAGUCUGAGAUCUUGUUUGUUAAAAUAAUUAAUGAAAAUGAUUUGAUAUAAUUAUACAUUGUUUUGGACAAACUUAAAUCUGCCAUUUUAUCUCAGAAUCUGGUCAUAAGUACUGCUUAAUUAUAACAUCUCCCACUUCAUCAAGUUAAUGUUCCAACUUGGAAGUAAAACCAAAAUCCAUCAUAUAUUUUUUAACAUCCUGUUCCAUUACAAAAUAUCAUCUCGCAAUUCUUUUCAUUAUCAUUUGUAUUUUUGGUUGAUUAAAAUGUUUAAAGUGCUGAUGAAAUAUAUGUAAUAUAUAUGUUUAAAUGAAAACAUUUGCUAUGAAAAAUGUGCAAUACUGUCAUCAAACUUUAAAUUGUUUUAUUUUCAAAGACAAACAUUAUUUUUCAUCUCAUUAUUGAAGAAAUAACAAACAAAGAAACAAAUCUUCCUGACAUUCAUGUAAUUCAACAUUUGAGCCGCGUCACGACAAAACCAACGUAAUGCGUUUGCGACCAGCAUGGAUCCAGACAAGCCUGCGCAUCCACGCAGUCUGAUCAGGAUCCAUGCUGUUCGCUUUCAGUUUCUCCACUUGUAAUAGGGUUUGUAAGCGAACAGCAUGGAUCCUGAUCACACUACGCGGAUGCGCAGGCUGGUCUGGAUCCAUGCUUGUCGCAAAUGCACUAUGUUGGUUUUGUCAUGACGCGGCUCAUUUUAUUUUAUGUUGUUAUAAAUUUACAUAAAAGCUCAUUUUUAUAAACAUAUUUAUCAUUAAAAAUUGAAAAUUGAUCCAACUUUUGAGUGCCAUAUUGCUUAAUCUCUGAAAAACACUGUCUUGCAUAUUAAAUGAAAAAAUGUUACAUUGUGAAAUUCAAAUGUGUGUUGUUUUAGUAUUAAUUCUAUGAUUUCUUUUAACCCUUAACUUGCUAGAACAAAAAGAGAUUAGACUUGUCCACCAGUGUACAGCUAUGCUAGAAGUCUGGCUCUAAACUGUUGGUAGUUCAAUGUCUUAGCUAGACUAUUUGAAGAAUAGGGAGAGCUUUUGUACUUGUUUGGGUGUGGACAGGCGUCACACUUUCAUUAAGUUUUUUGUGUGCAAGUUGAUAUCUUUAAAAAAAAUAAUGAAGGGAAUGGGUUUAAACUUUACAAACUUAUUUGAGAGGAUAAUAGAAGGGUACUAUCCAUAGCCGUUAACUGAAACAUUGAUUUUGACAGAAUUAUGGCCCUUUUUGUACUAGAAAAUUCUACAUUAUCCAUUUUCUUAACAUUAUCCAGGCACUUGAUUUAUUACUAAGUGCUAAGAAUAGUCAAGCAUGCUGUCCUACCGACAGCUCUUGUUUGUAUUUUAAUAUUGAAAUCCCUUGAACUUGGAAUGGACUGUUCUGAAUUCAAAGCUGGGCAAGUCCAUUUCACAAAUUCAGCAGGUUAGGGGUUAAUUUAGUUUUUGAAAAUGAAUGAUAUAGUUUUUCCAAAUUUCUAUUCCAAUUCUACAGAAGUUCAAACUAUUAUUAUUAUACUGUACAUGUAUGUCUUUUGAUGAGAUUUAUAUGUUUAAAUGUACCUUGAAUGACAAAAAAUUCAGUUUGAAUUUGGAUGUAAAAUACAAACAUACAUUUAUGUACAUGGUACUAGAGUUAUAUAUAACCCAUAUUGAUUAGCAGAAGUCAACUUGUUUCUUGAUAUUCUACAAAUAUAUAGUAUUAUAUAAUAUCUUUAACUUUCUAAACUGUAUAGUAUUUAGUAUCUUUUACUUUCAAAAGUGCUACUGCUUCUAUUGUUCCCUUCCCCUCUGGAAUUGUAUAAUGGAUUUGCCCUGCUUUGAAUUUGGAACAGUCCACUUGAAGUUUUAGGGAUUACAGUAUCAAAGUACAAAAUGUGGGGUAUCAACAUUGUAGAGACAGACUCAAGUCAGACUGCACGGUGUGGGUUGGCCUAGCUCAGUAUUGGUAGCAAAGGCUUAUCACUUUACAGUACCAGCAGGUUAACUGUUGAAACUGCUUUUAUGAGUGAAUUUUGUUAUCUUUUGUAUUCAGUUUUUUUUCCUUCUCUGCAAAAAAGUAUUGCACUAUUGGUUCUAUUGUUAUUGAAUGAUGAAAGAUUUGAUUUAAUGAUUUUAAAAUGUGAAAUCAACAGUAAAAUUUUUCUAUAAAAGCCAGUCCUAGGAAUCAGUAGCUAUAAGGAAAUAAAAAUAUUAUUUAAAGACAUUUUUUGUUAGGCAUAAAUGACUACAAAUACAUAUUAAAGUGACAGUGUGGCGAUUUUUCUUUCUGUCGAGGUGAAAUAGCUAUGUUUUUGCAAAGUUUGACAAUUUUAAUGGUCAUUGACCAGUAAUUAAUAGUGACAGAAUUUAAGGAAAAAAUACUGAGAUUAGCGUUAUAAUGAAGAGCGAGUUAUCGAGGCUACAGUGUAUGAGAAAAUGCCUUUAAAAUAAAAAUAUAAAGACUGUAACCCGUUUUAUCAAGUGAAUGGUUCCAUUAUAAAUUACUAAGGAUAUUUAUUGAAAUUUCCAUGGGUCAUGAUUGUUGAAUACUGAUUAUUUUUAUGUGGCAUAAUAUAAAAUUGUAAACAAUUAUGGCAAAAUUUAAGCAGCACGCCCCCAGACUCCUGUUAAUUUUCAUAAAAUUUUUGGAAAUGUAUGUAAAAGUAAAAUACUGUGAGGUGAACUAAUUAAAAAAAUUUACAUAUUGCAAUCGACACAAUCUACGAAAAUUACCAAAAAGUGGUCAACAUAUGCAAAGACUAGUAACGUAGUAGAAAUAUGGUUAUAAAAUACCGCAAAAUCAGUGUUUAACCGCACAUAACAUGUAAAAUAUAACUUGGAUCUUGAAUGUUUUUACCUUUCUUAAAAGUUAAGUGCAUUUUUCUCAAUAUUGAUUUUCUUAAAAUAUUUUGGCUCAUCUGAAGGCGUGCAGCUUUAAAGUUAUUUUGACUUGGUGUAUGUACUUACACUUUUAAGUGUUUAAGUACACCAACAGUUAUAAUGGGUAAAAAAAGUCCAUACAUGCCUUUAUACUGACAUUAUUUUUCUUUCCAUGAUCUAGUUUUAAUUUUCAUAUCUGUUAUAAUGGGUGAAAUAAAUAUCCAUACUUACUUUACUGACAUUAUUUUUCUUUAAUUUUUAUAUAUUUUUUUACCAUAAUUUAUGAAAUCAUCUUUGGGAGAACACAACAACAUUUUGUUUUAUGAUGGUAGAGAUCUCAAUAUACUGGCAGCAUAUAGAAAUAUUAUAGAAAUUUGAGGUGUUUUAUUUAGUUCACACAUAUAAAUACGGUAGGUAAUAGAAAUAUCAUACGUAGAGUAUUGUUCAUUAAAGGAACUCCACUGAGGUUUAAAAUCCUAUUUGUAUAAAAUUUGAAAUGUUUACAUAGAUCAGUUCUUAAAAUGAAUGGAUGAUAUAGAAAGACACUUAGAAUUAAGUUGUAAAUUGAUUUUUUAUGCAAUGCUUAGCCACACUUGAGAGAAAGGCAUUGCUUUUCAUUUGUCGGUGACUGCAUAAUUAAAAUGAGUAUUCUGGAAAUACAGGGUGAUGGAAUCUGAAGAUUUGCAUACAAGUUAUUGGUUAAGACCAACAUCAAAUAGUACAAAAAUCUGGAGGAAAUAUUUCCAUUCCUGUCAUGUCAAAAAACUUCAGUGAAGUCCCUUUAACAUAUUAUAUAGGAUGAUUUAAACAUCGUCUUUAUGUUGCAAAAUUAAUGUAAUGUCAUACCAAAAUUAUCAACGAUAAUUACAAAUUAUAAAUAUAACAGAUUUUAUUUCUUCU